UUUUACCUGUCUUAAAUUUGACCUGUUACUGUCUCAAUUAAAUCAAUUUUUUGAACUGGUACUCUUAUCAAUUAAAUCAAUUUUGAAACUGUUACUGCCUUAAUUAAUUCAAAACUACUGUUUUAAUUUUGAACUGUUACUGUCUACACUUUACUGUCUCAAUUGAAUCAAUUUUCUGAACUGUUACUGUCUCGAUUAAAUCAAAAUUUAUCUUAAUUUUGAACUGUUAUUGUGUAAACUUUAAUGUCUUCAUUAAAUCAAACUUGAACUGCUACUGUCUUAAACUUGACAUGUUACUGUCUUAAUUGAAUCAAUUUUUUGAACUGUUGCUGUCUUAAUUAAAUUAAAAUUACUGUCUUAGUUUUAAACUUACUAACAAUGAUGACUUUCGAACUUUCACUGUAUCAAUUUUCAACAGUUGUUAUCUUAAUUUUGAGCUGUUGCUGUCUUAAUUAAAUCAAAUUUGAACCGUUACUGUCUCAAUUAAGUCAAAAUUACUGUCUCUUCUACCAUGCUUGGCAACUUACCCCUUCUAUCAUUUUUUUUUUCUCAAUCGCGACAGCUUAUUAAUUUGACAUAAGAUUUAAGCUACGAUGUAUCCCUAUCAAGUAUCAACUGGGAAUAAUUUGGGGCUGCAGUUUAUUUAGAUUAAAUUGAGUGUAGAUCUUGACGGUAAGAGAGAGUUGUCGAUUGCAAUUUACUCUACUUCUUUGGAAAAUAACAUUGCUUUAUAUUUGGUCAGAUGAUGUAAGAUACCCCCAUGAAUACCAUGCUUGUUAACUUGAUUUUUUCUCGAAGCAUGAAGAGAAUAUAUGGGAAUAAUAAGACUGCAAUUAGAGAUAUAUGGAAGAAUCUUAAACGCCCCAAGGAUGAAGAUCUUAUUAAAGGUCAAGCAGUGAAGAGCCUGGAGGCUCUCUGGGACAAAACUCUUGAGUUGAGAUUCUCACUUCAAAAAGCAUUUGCAAACUCGAACAGAUUACCGCAGGAACCGGUUAGGUCUUCAUUUUGUGAUUCUGAUGAAAUAGUUGGGAUGGUAUAUGCUGACUUGAUCACCUCAUCCAAGAAGACUUUGGAAUCUCUACUGGAACUACAGGAGGCUUUGCUCAAGAAGAAUCCAUCAAUUUCUCAAUCUUCUAAUGGAAUUAUGUGCAUCUGGUUGUCCAAGUGAAUGGAAUUAUGUGAAUAACACAAACUAUAAUAGGCCGAUGAUUGAAAAAUAAAUUGAGUGAUGUAAGUGUAUAACUACGCUUUUGUUUGUUUGGAAGGGAAGGGAAGUGUGAGGUGGGGAGGAGGUACCCAUCUGCAGCCUGUCUUCAAAUUGAACACCAAUAGGCAUUUGGAAUGCUUGUUUCCAUUUUUAGAUGUCGCUGAUGGUUUUUUAAGACCCUUUACUGAUACAGUUAGUAGUCUAUCUGGAUGUUCAAUUGUGAUUUUCUUCAUUAAAUUCUCAACUGUUUAUAAUGAUAUUUCCUUAUCCAGUAUGAAUUGGAAUCACUCUUGAAAGUUAAAAGAUUUGCAGUAAGAGAUUCCCUUGUGUAUCUAAACAAUAAAAUUGUUUUCUGACCUAGAUUAAAAAAAAAGUCCUGUAUAUUGGAAUGAAACAUUUUAUUUUUCCCCCUGAAUGAAUGGAGAUGUAACAGUACCAAUCUUCAUUUUUUCUUGCUUUGAUUCUGAAGCUUUUGGAAUUUCCUCCCGCAGUAUUAAUUGACUUUAAUAUUAAGCAAGUUGUGAUUUUUCAACAUGCAACCUUUUCUUUUCUUUUUAGAGGGGUCCAUUAAGUUAUAAUUUAAAGCCUGAAACGUUUUCUUUAUUAAGAUUUGUGUACAGUGGACCUCAAUGUAAUUUUUCCAUGUAUUUGCUCUCUU